CAAUGCCAAUUUAACACUGCUAGUAACAUUAUUGCGAAGUAUUGAAUGUGGUCUACUGGUGGAUUUUUUUUUUGUAACAUCACCCUUUCUAGAUAAUACUUCAAUGUAAGAGUACAUCCUGAGUUAAAUACCAAGAUUAUCUUUUAAAGUUUUGUUUUUUUUCCUCCGUUUAUAAGCAGCUAACACCUGCAAAAGGUCCUGCAGAGGAUUUCUAGAUUGUAGAAUGAAUGGUGAAAAUCCCAUAAGUUUGUCAGAUAAUUCUUUGUAGCUGCAUGCAAUAUAAAUCAAAUUGACAAAUCAUUCUAGACACAGGAAAGGUCUCUGGUGAACUUUUGGAAUGGUAGAUUCCAAGUCACGUUACCUUUAUACUCAAAGUGUCAUUACUUUUUGGAAACAAGUCCAAUAUGUGUAAAUUGAUAUUAACUGCCUAAGCAGCUUGCUCAGUACAUUUAAUAACGUUCAGCUAUGAAAUUCUUUUGAUUUUCUUUUGCAGGGAUUUGUGACCUCUGGUAUUUGUCAGUGAAAUGGGUCUUGCUGGUCAGUAUGUUGACCCUCUGAAUUCUGAUUCUUCAUAGCAAUCAACUGCUAAUUAUUAGCUUUGACAUUCUUUGAACGCCUUCUCCUUGCCCCUGAUCCAUAAUUUCCAGGCAUCUCAUGUUACUUAUUGUGCCAUAUCAAUAUAGUACUACAGGUUAACCCGGUUAUGAGCAUCAUCUAUCAAACGCAAUUGAUCUCUAGCUGGCUCUUUAAUGUACCUAUUUGCGAUAAUUCGUGUCAGCCAAAUGCAAGUUUUGUUCUGCAGCAUAAUAAAUCCUGUAAUAAUCAGUACUUCGCACAACCCAUAAAUGUAAAACCGCGUUAUUACCCCUACUCGAGCAGCGUCCUGCGUGACCCUGGCGAUGCCUUCCAACACCUGUUCAGCGAUUCGACGUUUUCUGCCUUUCGACCUAAUUUUAUGGUUCUAUCCUUCUCGUUGAGCAUUUUUCUGAGGUGUCCACUUUAGUUUCUGUUCCAUUUUGUUGAGCAUGGCUUGCACUGACAUUAAAGUAAAAGAGCUAGACAAGCGUUCUUCAGGCCAGGCUUUUGAGAUCAUUCUGAGCCCCACUGCUGAAACAAUUCCAGAAUUUCCUCUUUCUCCCAAGAAAGAUCGGUCACUUGAAGAUCUUCAAAAAAAAAUGGAAGCAGCAGAGAACAGACGAAAGUCACAUGAAGCAGAAGUUCUGAAACAGUUGGCUGAAAAACAAGAGCAUGUAAAGGAAGUGCUUCAGAGAGCUAUUGAAGAAAAUACCAAAUUCAGCAAAAUGGCAGAAGAAAGACUGAUCACCAAGAUGGAACUUAUUAAGGAGAACCGUGAGGCUCAAUUAGCUGCCAAGCUCGAGCGUCUACGUGAAAAGCUCCUGGAUUUUCGAAGUGGCUACAGGACACACUCCAUGGCAGCCAAACCAUUCCCCAAGGCCACAACACCAACGAGGAAGCAGUCCCCACUGCUGCUGACUGGACCCAGAACGCCGCCUCUGCCAAAGUCACCUCAUCGCCACCGAUACUCCAGCCACCGCCACAGCCAGGAGAUUGUCCAACCUCUCGAGGACUGGAGCCCAUCACAACUUCUGAGAACUGAUUGACGGUCCAGAUGAACUCUCAGGGACUGAGAGAUCAUUCACUCUGGUGACAUUGCAGACACCGCCGAAACAUCAGAGGAUAAGAAUGGACUCCAAUUCAUCACUGCUGGAACAAGCAGCUGACACAAUGGCCAAGAGGAAUGGACUGGAUCCUUUGCUCAACAGCUUCCCGCAACCUCUCUCCACCACCACUGUCACAGAAAGAAGAAAAAAUAAAUUUAAUUCAAAAGUUAAAUGAAAAAAAAUAUAAUUUAAAAAACAGAGAGAUGCAAUCAGUUGUGUGAGAGGGAGCAGAUGGG